UUUAGAACUACCAACAGAACUUGAAUUAUUUCGAUACCCAGAUUUGGGUCAACAGUGCUGGCAACCUGUGGUAUAGUUUCUUGUUCCCUGAAAUUUUCAAAUUUUACUCAAAGUCUACAGCUUAUAAUCUUCUAUAACAAAACGCGAGUACAAUAUAUAAAGAAUUUAUUGCUGGCAUGUGUAAAUUUGCAAACUAGUGAAUUCAACAAUCUGCAUUCUAGGACCUUUUGUUUGUCAACUUGUUUGUGGGCACAACAUGAUAGUGUUUUGUUUAUGUACUGCAGUAAACGUAUGUUCUGCGUAGUUGAUAGUGAAGGGUGUUCUUUAACAAUUAUGACAGUAUUUCUGAUAUAUAUAGCAACGUCAUUGAACUCUUAAGACUUGAUGAAUACUCGGCGAGACGUCUCGUAACUGUAUAUCGAAUACGGCGAUAUGCGGAGAUCACAUAUCGAUAAUAUGACAUGGUCAUUUCUUAUAAGCGAAAAUGGCAGUUCUAGUAGUCAGUGGCCAGAACUUGAUCAAAAAAAUCAAGCCAAGCAUUCUGUACGUAAGAAGGACUUGAGUCUUAGAGAAAGUGAUAGAAUAAUAAAUUUGGAUGAGCUUGAGUAUCCAGAACUUGGUGAGGCUAGUACUAGGAGCAGAAAUUCAAUUGUACCCAAAAAGUAUUGCUUGUCGAAUCCUUAUAUCAAAAUUAUAGUACCUAUGGAAUCGAACGCGGAACCGAAACAGUCCAAGACUGUAAAACGUUAUAGAAGAACGGACAAGAUUUGUAUUAAUUUGCAGGAAGCUUUACAGAAUACUAGGUGUGUGAACAAGAUAUGCAAUAAAGAUCUGCCUAGAUUGAAGAUUAACUUGUACAAGGGAAACCUUGGUAUAAUAUCACCGGGUAUAACAGACCGAAACAAAGAUUCUGAUCUUAGGAAAGUUAGAGUUUGUAUCCUGAAGGAUAAAAAGCCAUCAAAGUUGAAGAAAAUCAUUUUACUCAAUCGCAAUAUCAAAGCCCAAAUUAAUAUACAGAAAAGAGAAGAUUUUGAACGUGCUAAGAUGGAGGCUGUGUGCAAGGAUGUAGAUACACUUAAUUUUAAUUCUUUAAAAAUCACGACAGAUCCGGAUACAGAUCCAAAUUAUGUUAGAAGAAUGUGCACGAUGACACUGUAUGAUAAGGAUUACAGAGACAAGAACACGAAUGAUGUUUUUGAAAGCUGCAUCUACUAUAGGCCAGAUAUAAUCGAACAAAUAAAUAAUCUUCACAUUCAAGGCAGACAGUUGCCGAACAGAUUGCUAGGGAAUACAGACAGACAGGAUCUCCCUCGGUUUGACACGAAUGUAAUUGAAAAUGAUAUUGUCCCACAAACUCUUUCCUUCGAAUUAAACGAUGACAUUAAAGAAGAAAUCAAACAAGAAAAUGUUAGCGUAAAAGUAGAAGAUACGAACUUAAUAAAAUAUUCUCGCAGUUUUAGAGAAUAUUGUACAAAUAUGCUGAUAAAAAGCCUAAACGAAAGUCUCGAACAAUUUUUGAGGGAAAUCUGUAGAUUUCAGAAGAGAUUUCACGAAAAAUACCCGAACAAGUCCAAGUACAAACGUCGCUAUUACGCUGGUUUAAAGGAAGUUCGCAAACAGAUCGACUUAAACAAGAUUAAAUUCGUGAUUAUUGCCCCUGAUCUCGAGAAAGUUGACCUUAAGGGCGGACUGGACGAUCAAAUUGAUAAAUUGCUCGAUGCGUGUAGAAAGCAGAACGUAGUUUAUUGUUUCGGAUUAAGGAGGCGAAAAUUGGGAUAUUAUAUUCACGGGAGAGGACUAGUAGGAUGUAUUGGUAUUGCAAAUUAUUUUGGAACCGAGGUGCUCUUUAAAAACGUUUUGCUGGAAUUGGUGCAAGCGCGUAACGCAUUCAAACAAUUGAGUGGCACGCCGGAAACCACUAUCGAUAUAUCGAAAGUGCUUCCGGAAGAUUACUUGCCCUUUGAGAGCGUUAACGCGCUUUUAAAAGCUUUAUCUCCUCUCAGCCCCUACAGCUGACCGGAAGUGAUAAAAAAUGCAAUUAUUUGCACUAUUUGGUAGAUAAAACUGGCAAUUAUUACAAUAUUAGUGGCAAUGUAGAUUUUUUAUGUUUUAUAUCUGUUGAAGU